AUGUCAGACAAAAAGACAGUUGUAGCAAAAAUAGCAGCCACGGUUGCCGAUGAAGACCCAUCUAAAGCAAAUAAAAUUAGCGUAGCAACAACAGUGGCAGUUAGUAAAAUAAUCACUGAAGGCAACAAUGGUAGUAAAUUCAAUUUGGAAACGUAUGAGUUACUAUGGUUAGAUGCUAAUAUUUAUUCUACACAAGAUAAUUUGGAAACAUUGAAUGAUUUACGUCAGAUAAUUAAUCAGAUACGAGCAUUUGAGGAUGGUGACGAAUAUGAACAAUAUGUUCGACAAGUUAGAAAUGAAAAAAUUGUUUUAAUCGUUUCUGGUGCAAUGGGACGUGAAAUUGUUCCUCGGACACACGAGCUACAACAACUACGUUGUGCUUAUGUGUUUUGCGGUGAUAAAUUGAGAAAUGAAUAA